CUUUUUUUCUGCUACCCCUCAUUGGGCCACUUGAGCCUGGAGCAGAUGGAAAGAUUGUAGUGUGGGGGAAAGUAAACCAGCAGCAGAGAGAGUGAAGAUUGGAAGAAGCCAUGCAGAGAGUGAGGCAGUGCAGCGACAAUGCUUGAUGAACUGAACCACUGACCACUUAAAAGGCUUUCUUUCCCACUUUGACUGAGCCCCAGAGAGAUCAAGGAAUCAGACAGGACAGUCUUAAGGGGAGACAUCGUCAUAACUGAUGGGCAAAAACCAGCUUGGGACUAUUAAGAAAUAAAAGAAAGAUUUUCAGACGAGAGGAUAUCUACAGAUGCAAGCAAAGGGUGGGGUGACCAGAUAGAGAAGAAGUGAACAAUAAAAGUGAAAGGAUUCCUACAGGUGUGUCCACAAGGAUUUGCUCAAAGACGACACAGUAAAACAGACAGAAGUCCAGGGACAGAGCUUAGAGAAGGAUGGCCAACUCAGGGCUCCAGUUGUUGGGUUAUUUCCUGGCGUUGGGCGGAUGGAUCGGCAUUAUCUCCACCAUCGCCUUGCCCCAGUGGAAGCAGUCUUCGUACGCCGGCGAUGCCAUCAUCACGGCCGUGGGUCUGUACGAGGGGCUGUGGAUGAGCUGCGCCUCGCAGAGUACGGGGCAGGUGCAGUGCAAGAUCUUUGACUCCAUGCUCUCGCUGGACAUCCACAUCCAGACAUGUCGGGCCCUAAUGGUGGUGUCGGUGCUGCUGGGCUUCAUGGGCAUGAUCAUCAGCGUGGUGGGCAUGAAGUGCACUAAAGUGGGAGAUAACAACCCGACUACCAAAUCCCGCAUCGCUGUGAGCGGAGGAGCUCUCUUCCUGCUCGCAGGUCUUUGCACCCUGGUGUCUGUGUCCUGGUACGCCACUCAGGUGUCCUAUCAGUUCUUCAACCCAAACACACCGCCCAACGCAAGGUAUGAGUUCGGCUCGGCCCUGUUCGUGGGCUGGUCCGCGGCCAGUCUGACGGUGCUGGGCGGCGGCCUGCUGUGCUGCUCCUGCUCUAAAGAGGACAUGCGAGGGCAGCAGUAUUACCGCCAAUCACAGCCCUCCACAACCAGGGAACCAAAUGUUAAAAGUACCCCACCAGAGAAAAGGGAGCAGUACUUGUAGUUUGGGAGAGUCUUCUGGUCUUACCAUGGUUUAGAUUCUGUCAACAGACAAAACCCUCCCACUGAGGAAUUCAAAAACAGACAAACAGACACAAUUAAAGUAAGAAAAGCAUCCUUUUUAAAGCAGCAACAUCAAUUUGAGUCUUUGUUGAAGUAAAAAUAUGUUUUAAUGUAAUAGUUGUUUCAGUAGUUUUGAGAAAGAUGAUAUCCUGGUCUUGUCUGUUUUGUUGACUUCAGGAGAAACAGUAAUUCAGGGUAUGUUUCUGUAACAUGUUAAAAUGCCCGGGUGUACAUACCACCUACUCUAUUCUUUUUUUUAUUUGUACUACAUACAUAAUGUUUUACUACAGUGCCUUAUAACACAUGUUUGUGCACAUGUAUGUUUUUGACUUCAUGGAUUCGUUAAAGUCUCCCAUCCCUUCUGAGGGAUGUGUUCUCAGUUCCUCUGCCAGCCAUUCUGUGUGCCUUUUUCUAUUGUUGGAUUUCUGAAAAUGAAUGUGAAGCUACUCUAAAGUACCACUUAUGAAACAACAAAUACAUACGAUUGAUCUUAAGCAUAGUGCCUUACGCCACUGUUUGUAAUAAGCUGUGUGCCUGUUACCGAGUAGCCUGGAUUGAGGAUAUACCCAGUACAUUCAUUUUGUGUCGUUAAGUGCCAUUAUCAUUAAGAGUCAUCGUAUUAUUGACUGUAAAGGACGUACUGUACUUUGUGUUGUCUCCUGUACUAAGGAACGCCAGUUUUCUGAGUGUUCAAAUGCCCUUCUGAUGCCUGCAUUUAUUUACCAUGUCAUUCCUUUCUCUAAUAUUUACCUCCUCAAUGUUGUGUAUCAUCUCAUUUACAGUAUACCCCUGUCUGUUUCUUUUAGAAUAAAGUAAACAGAGGAAUAAAAAUGGAUUUGGUCACGA